UCUGUCCCAGAGAACGAAGCGGGGCAGCAAACAGCCAGUUAGUGUGAGGGGGGGUUGUUAACUUCGGUCUGACGGGACACCAUGGGGGUGUUCAAGUUAUCCCCCGUGGACAUCCUCUUCACUUGUCUGGGCCUGGGGCUCCUGUUGCUGGACAUAGUGCUGGACAUAGUCGCCGUCUGGGAUUUCUACCGGGAGGAAGACUACGUGAGCCUCUGCAUCCUGCUGCUGCUUCUCGUGGGCUCGUCCGUCCUCGUCCAGGCCUUCAGCUGGCUGUGGUACAGCUACGAGGACGAUGACCAGAGGCAGACGAAGGUGGAGAAAUGCCUGACCCCGUUCAUGCUCAAGUUCCUACACGUCCUGCAGCUGGGAAUGUACUUCAGGCACGCGGGUGUGGUGGAGCUCUCUUUGUGCAGGUCCCUCUCAGACAUCCGUGACCCCGAGAGCGUCGCCGUGUACCUGAACCACGACCUGAGCAUGCUGCGGCUCAUAGAGACGUUUUCGGAGAGCGCGCCCCAGCUCGCCCUCAUGCUCACCAUCAUGCUGCAGAGCGGCAAGCUCGGCCCCGUGAAAGUGUUGAAGGCCUGCGGGUCGGCCUCGGCCAUCGCCUUCAGCGUGACCAUGUACCACCGCUCCCUGCGCUCCUUCCUGCCCAACAAGGAGAAGCAGCGGAUGAUGUCGUCGGCGGCCUACUUCCUCUGGAAUCUGCUGCUCAUCUCAUCUCGCAUCACCGCCCUCGCCCUCUUCGCCUCCGUGCUGCCCUGCUUCGUCGUCGCCCACUUCUUUUGCUCUUGGAUUGUUUUGUUCUUCUUCGUGUGGUGGUCCGAGACAGACUUCAUGGACAGCCCUUGCGGAGAGUGGCUUUACCGAGCCACCAUGGGCCUCAUUUGGUAUUUCGACUGGUUCAACGUGGCCGACGGCAGGACGAGGUACAGGACCCUGCUGUACCACGGCUACAUGCUGGUGGAUAUUUCCCUCCUCUGCUCUCUGUGGUGCUGGAAGAUGAGCCCCGAUCUGCCUGAUUUAGAAAUUCCACCCUUGUAUGCUGUAAUCACCGCUGUCAGUGUUGUUGCAGUUUACAUCCUCGGCCUAUUGCUUAAAAUGCUAUAUUAUACGUGCUACCAUCCAAACCUGGCCAAGGAGGAGCUGAAAGGGGACGCCACAGUUGAGACUAAGUUGAAAACAUUUUCUGGUGAUGAGCCAGAUUUUUCUAUUUCCUCAGCCGCGAACGAGGUCCCGGAAGAAAUACACCUUCAGUGCAUAUCCCUGGAGGAGGACCUAGACACAGACGUCACUGAUCGCAGCGGGCCAGGAGCUCCGGCACCCGACAUCAAACGUUGCAAUAAAAGAAUGAGGAAGUUGGCCGAGAACUUCUACUCCUGAGCUGCAUCACUUGAUGUCCAGCAGACUCGGAGGUUGGACUGAGUCACGCAGACUUGAGCAGCCUGAUAAAUGAAGAUCAUGGGGUUUCGUGGGAUAGGACUGUGACCUGCUCCCUGAGUAACAGAUCCAACCUCACGAGAGGCGAGUCAAGACUGCCGUAUUCUGCUGUAAGCAGCGUCUUCACUUUAUUAGCCGGUGCUGCCAAUCUUUAUUUUAUUUUCCAUUUUAAAGGAUAGGUUCACAGUUUUAAAGUCUGUGAAGAUGUACAUGUAAAUAGUUUGUUGCUGGUGUCACUCUUCCUCCUGCUCAUAAUGCCUGUGUGACGAGAUUAUUUAUUACUAUUCGAAUGUUAGUAAUCUGGGACAAAACCCAGUUCUUUCUGUGACAAAUGCAUUCCAAAUUUUUGAAUAUUUGAAUAUUUUUCUUAACAUUCCUAUUCCAAUGAAAUGGUACAACUCAUUUCAAAAACUUGAAAUGGUUAAUCAUAUUGAGUCCUCAAAAUGUUACUGAAAUCCAACCUCAUUUCUGAGACUAUUUAUGGUCGACAUGUUUUCUACAAGGAUGUUGCUCUCCAAGGAUGUUUUGGUAGCAUUCCUUAUUCAUGGCUGUGUUCUGAGGCAUACUUGUGAGUGAGCCCACUCCCUUGGCUGAGAAGCAACCCCACACAUGAAUGCUCUCAGGAUGCUUUACUGUGGGCGACACAGGACUGAUGGUAGCGCUCACCUUUUCUUCUCCGGACACCCCAAACAAUCGGAAAGGAGAUCAUCAGAGAAAAUGAGUUUCCCCCGGUCCUCAGCAGUCCGAUCCCUGUACCGUUUGCAGAACAUCAGUCUGUCCCCGAUGAUGUUCCUGGAGAGAAGUGGCUUCUUUGCUGCCCUUCUUGACACCAGGCCAUCCUCCAAAAGUCUUCGCCUCAAUGAGCGUGCAGAUGCACUCACACCUGCCUGCUGCCAUUCCUGAGCAAGCUUUGCACUGGUGGUGCCCCGAUCCCGCAGCUGAAUCAGCUUUAGGAGACGGUCCUGGCCCUUUGCUGGACUUGUUGGGCGCCCUGAAGUCUUCUUCACAACAAUUGAAGUCCUGUGUUUGAAGUUCUUGAUGAUCCGAUAAAUGGCUGAUUUAGGUGGAAUCUUACCAGCAGCAAUAUCCGUAACAUUCUGGAGUAUAUGCAAAUUGCCAUCAUAGAAACUGAGGCAGCAGACUUUGUGAAAAUGUCACUCAAAACUUUAGUGUACAUUCAGUAUUUACCUCUCAAUGUAAACACUAGAUGUAUAUUGCCUGUCAUUCAGUCUUUUUUGUGGCUCAGCAAAGAAACACGGAACAGGGAAACGUAGAGUUUUGCAAUAAAAUGAUCAAUCUCGGAAGACUUGAUUUUCAUCUUCAGAAUUCAUCUUGGCAUGACUGCAUUUAAAAGGAUUACCAGGGAAGGCCUUUGUGGUUCUUCCAGUUUAGCAACAUUUCUUUCAAACCACAAGGUUCUAAUGAAAAUGUUGCAAAUAUAUUUAUGCUAGA